CUGAGAGUGCGCAGUGGGUGCGUCGGCGGCGACCCUUCGGCCUUUUUCGGGAGGGGACGAUGCUGAGAUGGGGGCGGCGGCAGCGGAAGCGGAUCGUACUCUCUUUGUGGGCAACCUUGAAACGAAAGUGACAGAGGAGCUCCUUUUCGAGCUUUUCCACCAGGCUGGGCCAGUAAUAAAAGUGAAAAUUCCAAAAGAUAAGGAUGGUAAACCAAAGCAGUUUGCGUUUGUGAAUUUCAAACAUGAAGUAUCUGUUCCUUAUGCCAUGAAUCUGCUUAACGGAAUCAAACUUUUUGGAAGGCCCAUCAAAAUUCAGUUUAGAUCAGGAAGUAGCCAUGCCUCACAGGAGGUCAGUUCGUCAUAUCCCCAGCAUCAUGUUGGAAGUUCAAGCCCUACUUCCACAUCUCCUAGCAGGUACGAAAGGACAGUGGAUAACAUGACUCCAUCAACACCAAUAAUUCAAAGAUCUUUUUCUUCUUCAGAAAAUUUUCAGAGACAAGCAGUGAUGAACAGUGUCUUGAGACAGAUGUCAUAUGGAGGGAAAUUUGGUUCUCCACAUCUGGAUCAAUCAGGAUUUUCCCCAUCAGUUCAGUCACAUAAUCACACUUUUAACCGGUCUUCAACCUCCCAGUGGCGCCAAGAUACACCAUUAUCACAGCGAAAAGUCAGACAGAAUUCUCAUACCUACGCAGUGGAUAGACAUUAUAGCCGUGAACAGCGUUACACUGAUCAUGGGUCCGACCAUCAUUACAGAGGAAGCAGAGAUGAUUUCUUCUAUGAAGAGAGAAAUCCCGAUGGCUGGAGCCAUGACUAUGAUAACAGAAGAGACAGUGGUAGAGAUGGAAAAUGGCGCUCAUCUCGACACUAACAAGUGUUAAAAGGAUGUUUUCAUAGUGUCAUUCUAGGCCCUUUUUGUUAAGUUGUUCCUGGGAAUGUUUUCUUUAAAAAAGUCUAUAGAGCAGCUUUACAAGUUGGCACAUUUCUUUAUAAAAUUUUUAAAACCUAAUUGCAGUCCAAUACAGAAAUGAGAAUUGUGGUUCUAGUUUUAUUACAUUAAUAACCUUUCACCUCAGGGUUUUAAGAAGAGGAAAGGGUUUUAUGCUAAAGAAAGGGCACAAUUCCUAAUCAUUUUAGACAAUUGAGGAAGGGAUGUAUUAUUUGGAUUAGUUGUAUUAUGAAGCAAAUAUUUUAAUUAUCUGUUACCUUUUUGUAUUACAAGAAAUUUCUUGUUAGGGAGUCAGAUUUUUGGUGUAUAUAAUGGAAAACAUUCAAGUUGAUAGUCUGAAAUGACUCAGUAUUUUGUUACUAAACGAGAAAAUGUAAAUUCAGUGAUUCAUUUUACUAAUAUUUGAGAAAACCUUUUGGUCAAGUUUGGGGCUAAAUCAUAUUAUUUAACUUAGAGAACUUAAGUGUAAGUUCUGUGACAUGAUCUUGAGUUUUACUGUAAGUGAGCAUACAAGUAUACAUCUACACAUGCUAUUUCAUUGUAAAAUUUUAGAAUUUGCUCAUUAAAACAUGUUCGAUGGGCUUCCCUGGUGGCGCAGUGGUUGAGAGUCCGCCUGCCGAUGCAGGGGACAGGGGUUCGUGCCCCGGUCCGGGAAGAUCCCACAUGCCGCGGAGCGGCUGGGCCCGUGAGCUAUGGCCGCUGAGCCUGCGCGUCCAGAGCCUGUGCUCCGCAACAGGAGAGGCAGCAACAGUGAGAGGCCCGCAUACCACAAAAAAAAAAAAAAAAAACAUGUUCGAUGUAUGACUGAAGUCACUCAGGAAGUUAAAUAUCUCUAAAUAUUUUUUUUACAGUAAAAAUACAGUGUUAAUGUAAAUCUUUUUCUGAAAGAACAAAAAUGUAAAUGCAUAGUCAGAUAAAAUAGUAAAAUGUUUUACUGAAAGUAUUCUUUUUUGGGAAAAAAGGUUCAUGAAACCUUUAAGUGAUGCCUCUUAUCACUCAAAUUUCUAAACUUUUAACAUUUUCAAAGUGCAAGGACACAUUUUAUUAUGGAGAUUGUACAGGGUUCUUUUUUGUUUGAACAUUUGAAAGAAUUUAGUCUAAAACACUUUGAUUUAAAAUUUUUAAAAUCUUGUUUAACAAAACUUUUAUGUAUCAAUAUGCCGUUUCCCUUUCAUUGUAGAACUUGUUUAUAAAAAUUAAUUCCUUGAAAAAUUUGGAUUCUUUUUAAUAUUAA